AAUAGGAUAGCCUAAUUAAAAAGUUAACACGUGUUGUUAACAUUCAAACAACCAUAACGAUUAACAUGCAACAGCCUAAGCUAUAGCCUUCCCAUAAAGAAUCCCUUAAUUAAUCUGCUAUUUUCCUUAAUUUUUGCUUGCAUCAGAUCUCAAAUCUAAACCUUUUUUUCUUCAUUAUGUUCUUCUUUUCUCAAGAAAAGCAAAAAAGUUUAAUCAAUCCUUUAAAAUGGUCUCUUUGAUCUCUACUUCUCAAGCCAUUUCAACAAUAUUAUAACUGAUCUGUUUUGCAUGGGAAAUGCAAUGGCUUCUUCAAAACCUUCAUAUACACAGAUCAUUGUAGCAUCUUCAAUUGGAUUAAUUCUUGCUGCUGCUGUGCAUUAUCGCCUCAAGAAAAUUCGUGACCAAAAAAUUGUUCCUCGUACUAAAGUUACCAAUACUGGUCAGAUCCUUAGGUUUGAGAGUUUUUCUCAUUAUGUAGCUAGACAAAUGGGAUUUGCUGAUAAGAGGGAAUGUCCACAUUUAUGCAAAUUAGCAGCUGAGUAUAUAAGGAAAUCAGAAGGGUGUGAAGAAGAUAUAUACAACUUCUUUUCUAAUGAACCAGAUGCCGAUUCACUCUUUAUAAAGCUAGUUGAAGAAUUUGAGAGAUGCAUCCUUAGUUACUUUGCAUUUCAUUGGUGCCAUGCUUCUCAUAUGAUCAGCCAGAUUUUGAGUGCUGAUCAUGCAGAGCCAAAAAAGAAGCUGAAAAGCAUUGUCAUGGCAGCUACUAGGGAACAAAGAUUUGAAAGGGUGACAAAGAAUCUGAAGGUAGCAAGAGUAUUUACAACCUUAGUAGAGGAGAUGAAAGCAAUAGGGCUUGUUUCAGCAGAUGAUUCACAGUGCACAGAUGUUAUGGUUCCAAUGGCUCAUAAAGAUAGAAGCCCUGUCCUCCUCUUUAUGGGUGGUGGUAUGGGAGCUGGCAAAAGCACUGUGCUUAAGGACAUUCUCAAGGAACCUUUUUGGGCAGGAGCAGCAGCUAAUGCUGUUGUAAUAGAGGCAGAUGCUUUCAAAGAAUCAGAUGUCAUUUACAAAGCCCUCAGCUCUAGGGGACAUCAUAAUGACAUGCUUCAAACUGCUGAAUUGGUACAUCAGUCAUCAACAGAUGCAGCAUCAUCACUACUUGUAACAGCACUAAAUGAAGGGAGGGAUGUGAUUAUGGAUGGUACACUCUCAUGGAUACCCUUUGUAGUGCAGACUAUAACCAUGGCCAGAAAUGUUCACCGGCGCCGUUAUCGCAUGGGUGUUGGUUACAGAGUAGAGGAUGAUGGAACUGUUACUGAAAACUACUGGGAACAGCUGAAUGAAGAGCAAGAGGCCACUGAUGGGAAUAGAAAGAGAAGGCCUUAUAGAAUAGAAUUGGUUGGAGUUGUUUGUGAUGCUUAUUUAGCUGUCAUUAGAGGAAUAAGGAGAGCAAUCAUGUGUAGAAGAGCAGUAAGAGUUAAUUCACAGCUGAAAUCACACAAGAGAUUUGCAAGUGCAUUCCAUACAUACUGUCAGCUAGUAGACAAUGCAAGAGUAUACUCCACUAAUGCAUUGGAAGGCCCACCUAAGUUGAUAGGGUGGAAGGACAAAGACAAGACACUAUUAGUUGAUCCAGAUGAGAUAGAUGUAUUGAAAAUGGUGGGAAGGUUGAAUGAUGGAUCAAACUCCAUAUAUGAACUUUACAAGAAUCCACAUCCAGCUUUUCAAACAGGUUCUGUUUGGAAAGAUAUUGUCUUGUCACCUUCUAGGUUGAACAUUCAGAAAGAACUCAAGUAUUCCAUUCAGAAAGUUGAAAGGAUGAGAGCCUAGCUCAUCACUUAAUUACUAGUUUUAUGAUAUAUUAAACUGCAUAUUAUUUGUAUUUAAUUAUCUCAGUUAUUGUUGCACACAA